AGCCACAGUCGCUGGGUGGCGCGUGCACUUUGAAUCGCGUCUCGAAGGAUAGGCGUGUUUAACGUGACGCAGCUUCAAUUUUUAAUUGUCCUCGUAUCAUUUGCGCGAAAUCCGCACGCUAUGUGAAGCCGCCGAAUUGUCGCGAAGCGCCGCGGGACAUUCGUUGCUCGAGGCAGAGCCGCACAUCUCGAGCGGCGCGAAGAGAGGUUAGGUUUCUCCGCGGACACUUGCGCUGAUAUAAACAUGUCAGACAAGGAGACGAACGAUCACGAUGUCCAGCAGAUAUCCGACAGACUUCAGAGUGUCGCGACCAUCGAGCCGGCGUGCAACAAUGCGCAACCACAGCAGCAGCAGCAGGCGAAGAAUUCUCGAAGGAACGGUAAUAACGAUGCGACGCGUCACGCUGCGGACAGCAAGAAAGCUGGUGGUGCCGUCGCCACCGGCACCGUCGCCACCGCGACCGCCACCACGACCACCGCGGACGAUCACGUCCGCGUGAGGAACGUGCCCGAGCUCAAUCUACCCGAGAAGAUCCUCCUCGUCGUCGACACGGUGAGGGAGCAGCAGUGCACGCCCUUCAAACUCGGCACGGGCGCGACGUAUCCGCCGUUGUUCAUGAUAAAGCGCGUGGUGGAGAGCUUCGUCGGCGCCAAGUCCACCAUACAGCCCGGCGUGCACGAGUACGCGCUGAUGAGCCUGGGCUCCCGCGGCGCCUCCUGGCUCUGCGACUACACCAGCAACACGAAGACCGUCCUCAACCACUUGGAGAGCGUCGCGGAGGACGUGCCGGACGAGGAGCACAAGACCUACGACCUCGGGCUGCUGUUCGAGGUGAUACACGCGCGGGCGGCGACGCCGGCGAGGUGCCAGCCGACGUUCACCUCGCGCGUCAUCCUCAUCUACGGGCGGUCCAACUCGGUCCCCAAGUUCCACACCGGGCAGAAGUACCUGGAGAAUCUCACGGAGAAUCCCUACUUCUUCCUGGACGUGCUGUUCGCCCACGAGCCGCCCGGCAACGACAACAUGUGCGAGGCGGUGUACGCCGAGAUCGCGGCGCUGGACACGACGAGUUUCUCGUACAUCUUCGAGGUGGGCAGGAACGCCGCCAAGAUACACGACAAUAUGGCGAAGCUCCUGGCGCAUCCCCUGCAGCGGCCGCCGCAGAAGGACGCUUCGUAUACAUUUUACCUGAUGCCAGGCAAUCAGGAGGUGCACACCAAUGUAUAGUGCCGUGUAUAUUUGUCAGCGGAUAAGAUAUUUUCGUGGUGAGGCGAACGCAUUCUCCUUUGGGUCAGAUUUACUCUGUUAAUGCGGUACAAUUCCAAGGCGUUAUCACGCUUGCGCUCGUAUCAGUAACGUGUUUUAAACCAUUUUUUAUUUAUGUUUACCAGAAAAGAUGUAGCGAGAAAGAUAGCAUAUAUGAUAUACAUAUUGUUGUCAACUUAUCAUUGAAUAAAUCAUUUUUAUAUAGA